UUAAUGUCAAGUCAUCUUGGUGUGUUGGGGGACCAUGAAGGAGACGUUUGUGUGUGAUGACUACAUGAUCUUCACCAUUCCCAUCGGGUCGGACACAGAGGGUUGCGGUAAUGUGAGGCCCGGACAAUUCCAGUGUGUGUUCAAGGACACCUUUAAAGUUUUUGCUAAGAAGGGUUUUCCAAAACCUCUCGCGGCAGCACAAUGCCUUAUUGGAGUUUCCGUGGUCAGUCUUGGUGUUAUGUUUUAUCUGACACAAAAUAUGUUCCACAUCUUUCCCAGUGUUGUGUUUGUGCUGAGUGGAAUGCUGAGCUACGCUGCAGGCCGUGCUCCAAACAUGCGUGUGAUGAAACUGUCAUUUUGUCUGAACAUCCUCAGCUUCUUGUGGUCAGUGGUGGCAACUUGUCUCCUUGUGAUCGAUAUUCUACAUGAUAGAAGAAUAUAUGAUGAUGUUAAGCUGCAUGCGGCCGUCAGAGUGAUGAUUGUGAGUCUGCUGGUUGCGGAAAGCUUCAUCGCCUUGUUUCUUAUCUACUGGCAGAACAAAGCAAUUUGCAGACAACAUUUCAACACUCUGCCCAUCAUUCAUCUGACACACGAGGACUGAUGCAUUCCAACACGCCAGCAAGUUUGAAAAAAUGUUUAAUUAUUGUGCAAAUAGCUCUGGAUGGACCUUACCUUCUUGUGUAUUACUAUAGCUGUUUUACUGGAUACUUUGUCCAAUAGGGGGCGCAAUUAUAAGGUAACAUUCUUAUUGGGAGUAUUUUGCAUGUAAUUGCAAUAUUGGAAAAGCCAUUUAUUCAAAAUAAUUACAAUUGCAAAUUUACCAUACGUCAUCAAAUAGUGGCCGACACCACACUGAUGGAGGCCGAGCCACAACUAAUCGCCAGGUGAGACGUUUUUUUCGCUCAGGAAAACAACAACCCCCAAAUCUGUUUAACAUAAAAACAUACAUUUUUCAACCUGUGUAUUAUUUAAGAAGUGUAGUAUUACAUGUACAAUAACAAGCUAUACGUAUCAGUUCAAUACAGUUUUAUACAAUCUAGGCAGACUCAUCACUAAGGAGGUCCUUAUGGCCUGAAAAAUUAUAUAAAUAAAUAAAUAAAUGGGUUGUACUUGUAUAGCGCUUUUCUACCUUCAAAGUACUCAAAGCGCUUUGACACUACUUCCACAUUUACCCAUUCACACACACAUUCACACACUGAUGGAGGGAGCUGCCAUGCAAGGCGCCAACCAGCACCCAUCAGGAGCAAGGGUGAAGUGUCUUGCUCAGGACACAACGGACGUGACGAGGUUGGUACUAGGUGGGAUUUGAACGAGGGACCCUCGGGUUGUGCACGGCCACUCUUCCACUGCGCCACGCCGUCCCCAUAUAUAUAUUAAUAGUAAAAAUUUUAUGUAAUAUACUAUA